GUGUCUCUCAAUGAAAUCAAACACUUGAUCUAUUGCAAAAAAUUAUAGUAGUUCCUAUUAUUUACAAAAAAAAAUCAAUGGGUUCUAACUUAAAACUUAUAGAGGCUUACAAAAAUGUAGAGUCUUUCAUAAAAGAAAUCGGCAAUACUGUUUUUAAUGAUGAUACUCCUAUCGCAAAACAAAAAUUAGCAUCAAGAUCAAUAUGUUUGAUUUUGUUAAAGAAAAUGGAGAGUGAAAUGCUUCAAGGAAGAUUUUUAGAGCUCAAAAAUGAUUUCAUUAGGUCUGGAGCUCGGCAAACUGAAAUUGUAGACCCUACAAUUGAAUGCUUAGAAAAGUUGUUCUGUGAAAAUGGUUUUUUUGUCUACACUUACGUGGCAAAUCUGAUGAUUAUGCUUAUGCGACGUGUAGCUUUGGGAAUUGAAUACGUAGGGAAUCAAAAUGCUGAAAAAAUACUUGAUUUAUAUGCAGAAGUUAGCAAGACUUUUUAUCAAAAAGACUUUAACAAUUUUCAAAAAGCUUUUGAAGGACUAAUCGAUAAUGGUGUUAGCAUCGUUGACUUUAUAUAUGUCCAAACCCAUCAAUACUUGUCGUAUCAUUAUCGUUAUCAAGGACCUAAACAAUAUGGAAUAUUCAUGAUGACAAAAUAUAUGAAACUAAGAUUCCAAUUCCAUAUGUAUAGUGAAAUUGAAAAUAUUUUGGUUCGUUUAUGCCUUCUGAUUGUACAUGCUAUUGAAUUCGAUUUAUGUAUGUUCAAACAAGCACGUCAUUUAAUCAGUGUUGUUCACACUCACAUCAAGCGCAUAGAGGAACAUAAAGAUGAAUCUUUAGAUUCUUUCAAACUGAAAUUGCUAAAGCAGAUUAAGUUUAUUGUUGAAUCUCUGUAUUUGGCUGUAAAUUUACAAAAAUCAUAUGAAAAUAUGAUCAAAAAGGCUGAUAUUCACGAUUUUUUUGACAAAUAUGAAAAGUUUAAGGAUGAUGAAAUCGAAGACAUAGAUCUUCCGAUAAGAUUUGCUAGAAAUGAUGUGGAAAUGCGGGUUUUAUACAAGAAGUUGUGUGAAAUGAACAGUAUGAUUAACGAUCACACACUCUUAACCAUUUAUAACAAAAUUAAAGUAGCUUGCCAACAGUAAAAUUAAUAAAACACACGAUUAUGUACUUACAAUUCAAACUGCUAAUAAAUCAUAAGCAUUCAGUAUACAAUAUUAGCUCUAGUUGAGUAUUGAAAAACUAAAAUAUGUUCCUCAUUUUCUUACAGGACAAUGUAAAAUAAUAUAUCCUUGAGGUAAAAUUUUUCGUAGAUAUAAUAAAGGGGUCUUAAACUAAAGGUGUUAUAAGUUAUUUAAUGAUGAUUCAUCACCCCGCAAAAUACCAAAAUGAUAAUGUUACAAAUUUCCGCAACAUGCAUUCCUCAAAAAGUACUUUGUUGAACCACUCAAUAUGGCAAAAUCAAGAAACAGAUGAAACAAUCAAAGUUAUAGAAGAGCCGAAACUUAUUGAAAUAAAUGGUCGAAAUAAUUCCAUGUCUCCAAGUGGUCAUCCGAUUGAGUGCAAAUCUUUUACUAUCGCAGCGAUUUUAGGGUUGAAUAAUAAUAAUAACCAUAAUAGAAACUUUAAUGAAGUUGUAAAUUUAUCCCUCAGUCAAUCAAGUACAAUAUUCGGUGGCUUAGAUGGAAUACCGCAAUUGUACAGUGGAGGAUCAACAUCAAAUAGAAGAUCAAGCAUUAAUUAUCAAUGUACAGAACAUGCGCUUAAGAACUUGCAACAAACUUUCAGUACACAUGCAACAGAACUAAAAAAAGAGAAUUGUAUGAAUGCACUUGAAGAAAACGACGCAAUAAAAAAAUCAGUUUUUAAAAAUAAACGAGUUAGAACAAUUUUUACUCCAGAUCAAUUAGAACGUCUAGAAGCCGAGUUUGAAAGGCAACAAUAUAUGGUAGGCCCAGAACGAUUAUAUUUGGCUCAUACAUUACAUCUAACUGAAGCUCAAGUUAAAGUUUGGUUUCAAAACAGAAGAAUUAAAUGGAGAAAGCAUCACCUUGAAGUCACUCAACAAAGACUUGCGUUCCUAAGACAUCAACAAACGCAAUCAGUGUCUGAAACAAAACAGGUUAAAAAAAAUAUUGAUUUAAUUGAAAAACAAGAUUUCAGGUCAUCUGUAUCACCAGAGCUUACAGUUUGUUCAGAAUCUAACGAAGCAAUUAAUACUGAAAGCGAAAAUGAUUAAAAAGAAAUAUAUGAUAGUAAUGUAGAAUUGAAAAAAAAAACAGUUUUGCGCCUUUCUACACCUGUUCUGGCUUCAAAAUAAUACAAAACAUUGAAAAAUACAGACAUGCAGAUUUCAAAAUUGAAAUAAUAAAAUAAAAUUAAUU